CAUUUCUACCGUCAAUAUCUGUUUAGAUGGCGUGGCAGCUUGUAAGCUGGUCCUUGCGUAUUGCUUUUUAGCAGAGAAGCCGCACCCAGAAGAGAAACGAGAGUAAGACAAGCGCGCGAACAGAAGCAAAGCACAGCGGACCAAAUGGCCGAGAAAUUGGCUCCGGAGAAGCGCCAUAGCUUCAUCCACAACGGUCAAAAGGUAUUCGAAUGGGACCAAACCCUAGAGGAAGUGAACAUGUACAUCACUCUACCCCCAAAUGUUCCUCCGAAGCAAUUCUACUGCAAGCUUCAGUCCAAGCACGUCGAAGUCGGCAUCAAAGGAAACCCUCCAUAUCUCAAUCAUGAUCUUACUAGCCCUGUGAAGACGGACUGUUCUUUUUGGACACUAGAGGAUGAUAUAAUGCACAUAACACUGCAAAAGAGGGACAAAGGUCAGACAUGGGCUUCCCCUAUAGUGGGUGAUUGCCAGCUGGAUCCUUACGCCACCGAUCUUGAACAGAAGCGCCUUAUGCUUCAGAGGUUUCAAGAAGAGAACCCUGGUUUUGACUUUUCACAAGCUCAGUUCAAUGGGGGAUGCCCUGAUCCACGUACGUUCAUGGGUGGUAUCCGCUCUGAUUGAUUAGCUUGAUAUGCUGCAUCAGUUGCCUGCAUUAGCCUGGUAUUUAAUCCUGACCAACAUCUAGUAAAUAAGAAAAUUUGAUUAGCUGGCCAACUUUGCUUAAUGCAAUGUCUGUAAGAACUUCAAUGCUACUUGUGACCUGUUGUUUCAUGU